UCGACUUUGGGACUUCAUAUUUUCCCUCACUUACAAGAAAAGCACAGACCUCUCUACUCUUCCCAUAAAAACAUCACGCACAUAUCUUCUUCUUCAGUUACUCACCUCAUAUCCACCUAAUUCGCCCAUCUCUUUCCCUCCUUUCAAAUCAUACUUCAAUACAGAUAAACUUGACUUCCAAUCUAUAGAUAUUACUUAGUCCACACUCUUGGUUUCUUACAUAAAUAGUAUCAAAUGAAAUUCCUUUAAAGUAUAGAACUCUUCCUAGAUACCACUUCCACAACCACCAUUCAAUCUCCACUUCCUACCACUAUUAUUACUGCAGCAAUUGCAAAUAUGAGAGCAGGAAGCUGUACAGUGCAACAAGCACUAACUACAGACGCUGCAACAGUUGUAAAACAAGCCGUAACUCUUGCCCGGAGACGAGGUCAUGCUCAAGUUACUCCUCUUCAUGUAGCAAACACCAUGCUUGCCUCCUCUACUGGUCUUCUCCGUACGGCUUGUCUGCAGUCCCACUCCCAUCCACUUCAGUGCAAAGCUCUUGAACUUUGCUUCAAUGUUGCGCUCAACCGACUCCCAGCUUCAACUUCUAGCCCUAUGUUAGGUCCCCACUCACACCACCCAUCUCUUUCCAAUGCGUUAGUGGCUGCUUUCAAACGCGCACAAGCUCAGCAACGUCGUGGUUCAAUUGAAAACCAGCAACAACCACUCUUAGCUGUGAAAGUUGAGAUUGAGCAACUUAUUAUUUCAAUCUUAGAUGACCCGAGUGUUAGUAGAGUCAUGAGAGAAGCUGGUUUCUCAAGUACCCAAGUAAAAAGUAAUGUUGAACAAGCUGUAGCCUUGGAGAUUUGCUCUCAAAGUAGUCCUACAACUGUUAGUAGUAAACCCAAGGAAAGCAAUAACAAUCUUCUAGUUCUUGGAAAUAGUGUUUCACAACAAUCUCCUCCUUUCGGUUGUCAUUUGGGAAUGAAAAUUAACAAACCUAGAUCUUUGGAUCAGGUAAGGAGUGAAGAUGUUGCGAGUGUUUUGGAAACUUUGAUAAGUAGAAGAAGGAGAAAUACUGUGAUCGUAGGAGAAUGUCUUGCUAGUGCUGAAUGUGUAGUUAAAGGAGUGAUGGAUAAAGUUGAUACAGGUGAUGUUCCUGAAGCUGUAAGAGAUAUCCAGUUUAUAAGUUUUCCACUUUUCUCAUUCGGGCAUCUUUCUAAAGAAGAAGUUGAAUACAAAAUUGGAGAAGUUAGCUCUCAUUUAAAGAGUUGCAUGGGAAGAGGAGCCGUUUUGUAUUUAGGGGAUCUUAAAUGGGCUGCUGAAUUUACAGCUAGUUCUGGUGAUCAAGUAAGAAAGUAUUAUUGUCCUGUCGAACACAUGAUCAUGGAACUUGGAAGAUUGGUGUGUGGAAAUGGUGAUAAUGGAAGGAUAUGUCUUAUGGGUAUUGCAACUUUUCAGACCUAUAUGAGAUGUAGGUUAGGUCAUCCUUCUUUAGAGACUGUUUGGGGUCUCCAUCCUCUUACAAUUCCAACUGGAAGUUUGGGUUUAAGUCUCAACUCUGACAGUGAUUUAGAAAGUUCAUUUAGAAGCAAGAGAAUUGGAGAUAUGUCUGGUUGGUCUCUACUUGAAAGUGGAGUUGAAAAGCAGUUAACUUGUUGUGCCGACUGCUCGGUUAAGUUUCACACUGAAGCACGAACUUUAUUAACAAAUAAUCAUGACUCCCCUACUUGUUCUACCACCUCAAGCUUACCUUCAUGGCUCCAACAGUACAAGGAAGAAAACAAAAGAGUUUCAAGCAAAGAUCAGGAAUCUCUCCAAGUAAGUGAUUUAUGCAAGAAAUGGAAUUCAAUCUGUAGUGUAGUACACAAACAAAACCAUCCAACUCAUGAAAAAGCCAUAACUUUUUCUUCCAUUAUAUCUCCUUCAUCAUCUACUACUAUUUCUUCUUUUGAUCAACAUUACCGAAACUUGCACCUAGCCCGUGAAGCAACUUGGCCAGUUGUGGCAGAACCAAAACAACCAUUGCGCGGACAUAGGUAUUGGAUAUCUGAUAACAUGGAAGAAGAGCCAAAUUUGAGAAUGUAUCUCUCUGAGAAUCCAAAACCAUUCCUAUUUUCCAACUCAUGUCCUAAUACUAGACCAAGUUCUCGUGCUUCUUCUAGCGAAGCAAUGGAGAUGGAAUACUGUCAUAAGUUCAAAGAAGUCAAUGCUGAGAAUUUAAAGACUCUUUGCAAUACAUUAGAGCAAAAGGUUCCAUGGCAGAAAGAUAUAAUUCCUGAAAUUGCAAGCACGAUUCUUCAGUGUAGGUCUGGCAUGGUAAGAAGAAAGGAAAAGUUAGAAGAGAGCAAGAAAAAAGAAGACACUUGGUUUUUCUUUCAAGGUGUUGACAAUGAAGGUAAAGAAAAGAUUGCUAGGGAAAUUGCUAGUCUUGUUUUUGGUUCCCAAACCAAUUUUAUAUCGUUUGGUCUUAGUAGUUUUUCUUCGUCAACAAGGGCCGAUUCUACAGAGGAUCUAAGAAACAAAAGAACUAGAGAUGAAUCGAGUUGUAGUUUUCUCGAGAGAUUGGCUGAAGCAAUUCGUUGUAAUCCACAUCGUGUUUUCUUAGUUGAAGAUAUAGAGCAAGUUGAUUAUUGUUCGCAGCUGGGUAUUAAAAGAGCAAUUGAAAGGGGAACAAUAAUGAACUCGAAUGGUGACGAAAUAUGUCUAAACGAUGCUAUCAUCAUUUUAAGUUGUGAAAUGUUUAGUUCGAGAUCAAGAGCUUGUUCUCCUCCUGUGAAGCAGAAAUCGAGUGAGUCAUCUGACGAAGAGAAAGACGAUAAUAAAUGCAAUGAAGAAAGUCCUAGUGCAUGUGUAUCCUUAGACUUGAAUUUAUCAGCUGAAGAAGAUAACUUUGAUGAUCUAACUAUGGAUCAAUCUAUGGAUGAUAUCGGUCUUCUGGAAGCCGUUGACAGAACGAUAAUUUUCAAUUUACAGGAAUGCUAAACACAAAAAAUUACUAAUAUUUAGAGAAAAAUAUGCUUCCGAAAUAGUUUAAAUUAACAGGUUUAGUUUUAGAUAUUAAUCUCUCUUUUUUUCUUUUUUAUUUUUGAGACAGUUGUUUGUUGACUAAUUUACUAAACCAAUUCUUAGAUGGUUAGUGAUUUUGUGUGGGUGGAGAUAUAUUGAAACAAAAACAGAAAAAUAUAUCAGACAGACAGACAGACCAUGUAGAAACUACAUGUAUAUUAUCAUCAUCACGCAUCUUUGUGUAAUUCUACUACGUACUUUUUUGCUAAUUAGUUCUUUGAGCUUC